AUGUCAUUGCAAACUCCAUCAUCAACUGUACCAAAUGCAACGCUAUCACUUGGCUUAGAUGAUAAAAGUGAAGACACUUCUACACCAUUUGGAAAGGCUGUCAGAUGCUUCGAAAUCGUUAACACUAAUGCUGAAGGCAGCAUACAAGAUAUGCAUCAAAAUAGGAUAAAAUCACUGAGAAAAGAACUAGAGUACCUUAAAGAGACUAGCUGGAAGUAUGAUCCUAUUGAUAAAUAUAUAGGUCAGUCUUGUAAAUAA